UAACGUACACUUCGGACGAACCGGAAGUGACGUUUUAACUGCGGAUUUUCUGUCUGACAAUAAACAGAUGAAGUUUGUUGCUUCAUGUAUUCUUAAAUCUUUGUCCACAACACAGCACGAUUGAUUUCAUCAGAAUCAUGUCUGGAGAUCUGGAUCUGUCUCCUCCUGAAGUUCCUGAACCUACAUUGUUUGAGAGUCUCCUGCGUUAUGGACUCUUCCUAGGGGCCAUUUUUCAACUCAUCUGUAUUUUAGCUAUAAUAAUACCAACAUCCAAGAGUCAUGAACAGGUGGAGACUCCAGAGCCGGUUGAUACGCGAGGAUUUGAGAACAACAAGAAGACAAAGACACCCGUUCAACAAAUCCGACAGAAACUGAAAAAGGAGAGCAAGAAAAAGCGAUAGACACACAGAAUAAAUGACUGAAUGAGCAUUAAUGGUGUUAUUGGACCAACUGUGUAUUUUGUAUUGUAUGUGUAUUUACAGUUUCAUUAGAGGUUGUGAUUUGACUCUAAUAACAUCAUGAGUACAAGGUUUUUUGCCUCUUUAAAACAGUGUUUUUUAUGCUUAUAUUUGUUAAUAACCUUUGUGGUUGUUUUAUGGUUAUUUUAAGUACAAUGAUUUAAAUAAACUGAUUACUAUCUGUU